AACUUCGCCUUCAAGUUCCCAACUCAUCAAGCAAUUCCCCUCUCUCUCUCUGUGUGUGUCUGUCUGCUUGGAGUAUCAGAUAAGAAGUCAUAAUAAAAAUUGAAGCUUUGCCAACUCUCACUCUCGUCAGAUUCACUCGCACAUUACCCAAUAUCCAUAUAACGAAUCAUCCCAUCUUCUUCCACUGCCUGUCUUUAAGAGAGCCAGAAGACAGCCACAACAUUUUUUUAACUUUUCGCUGAGGAAACCCAGAAAACAUCUCUUCUUGGGUUCAGAGAGUUUUCUCUGCACCUUGCAUUGAUACAUAGACAGUGGCGGGAGGGAUAAAUGUAGCCUGUAGCCUGUAGGUGUUGGGUCCUUCCACGUUUUCUCCUUUUCUUCUGGGUUCUUGUGUGUUGCCACACAAGGCAUUGUCUGGCAUCUUCUAUGAAACCCAAGAAGGUUUCUUUCUUUUCCAUUGUACCAGUGGAAUGAUAUUUGACAAUGGAGAAGUGAUUUUGGGUAUUGGGUCCCUUUAUUCUUUUGUUUUUUCCUCCAUUCUAUCUGGUACUCGUUAUUGUCUUGGGGUAGUCCUAUAAACUCCGACGGACCUUAUAAAUAAAGUACGUAAUAGAAGGAAAACACUGUUUUUUUUUUUGUAGUUUAAUUGCAGAGUUCGGGUGGGAAUUUGAAGAAUCCAAAAUUUUAAUUUUUCUUAGCUGUAUUUAGCUGUAGAAAAGAGUGGAAUUUGAGGCCUGUAGCCGUAAGAAAAACAUCUGGAAUGGUGAAGAAUCAUGUUUUGGUGCGUCUGGAGGAAUUAAUUUCAUUUUAACCAGUUUCAUGACAGGUGGAGCGUGUUCUGGCAGAUUCAGUAUUUGUCAUUUGCUUGAUCGUAGGAGGAGCCUUGCAUUUAUGAGGCUUUUUACUGUCUAAUAAAAAGCUAGUUUUUGCCAUCUUUUGCAAACUUCCGUAGGAAGGAGGGAAAGAAAGAAAGAACAGGAAUUAACAGAUUAAUGCUUAUUGAGAUUUGGGUUCCAGGGCUAUAAGAAUCAGUGAGGUCUACGAAACUUUGCUCCCUCUAAUGCGUUUGGAGGGAAUCUCUUUUGUUUCCAAGUGAUUCUGCAUAAAAACUCCAUUCUUCUCUUGUUCCAAGAAUUUUUGAGCCAAAACAGCAACUUCAAGUUUCAACUUUGAAAAGGGCCUUGGGUUUUGCUUUUCUUGGAAGCGGAGUCUGAAAGUAACUGGCCUAGAAAGAGGGUGUCAUGGAGAUUUAGAAGGUCUGAACUGCUUUAUAGUUGAAGAAAGGAGGUUGUGAAGAUGUCUGCCAAGUUUUUACAUGAGUUAGCAGAUGACAAUUCAAAUCUGAAGAAGCAAAUAGGAUGCAUGACUGGGAUCUUUCAACUCUUUGACCGUCACAACAUCCUAACAGGCAGGCGCCUCACUGGCCACAGCCACAAGAGGCUUCCAUCAGGUAUUUCUCACAUCAAAAAUGGAAGCUUUCGGGUUGAGCCUAAUAAUGAUUAUCUACAGACACAUACUGAAAAAGAUUCCAACAAAAAUACGAAUGAGAACCAAAGAGUUUCUAUUGAGUCAUCCAGGGCUUCCUUUUCAUCUUCUUCUUGCUCUUCUUCUCUGUCUUCUAUGGACUGUAACAGAGCUGCUCAACUAGAACACCCUUCAUUUGACCGAUCCAUUUUUCCAGAAACGCCUCAGAGGGAGCCAACUUCCAUUGAACCCAAUGCUUCCCCACAGCUGCGUAGUCAACCUAUUGACUUCCGUGAUGUUGUUAAGGACUCGAUCUACAGAGAACCCCGUAGUCUAUCAGUUAAAACUACAACCGAAGAGGGUACAGUAAGCCGUACUGUGAAGCACAGAGAUUCACCAAGGCCUCUGCAGUUGACUGGGUCUUAUGGGGUUGGAACAAAUGGGAAUCAGAAGGUGCCUGUUGAUUUCAAUGAAUCGGUCAGAGUUCUUGUUAAACUUCGAGAAGCUCCUAGGUAUUUUAAUGAAGUUAAAGAAUCACCAAGAUCAUCAUAUGAAGCUAAAGAAGGGCCUUUGUUUUUAGCAUCCAAAGAUUCUCCACGGUUCUCUUAUGAUGGACGGGAGAUACCUCGUGCAUCUUUUGAAUCACGUGACACCUUCAAAUCCAGUGCAAAGCUCAGAGAUCUCCCAAGGCUGUCAUUGGACAGCAGGGAAGGUUCCAUGAGGAGCUCUAAUUCCAAUUCAAAAUCAAAUUCUAUUCUGAAGGAUUUGCAGAGGGGUAGUAGUGACUCUAACAGUAGAGCCACAAAUUCACAGAAAGAACUGGGAACUUGCAAAAGACCUCCUAGUGUUGUGGCAAAAUUGAUGGGCUUGGAAGCAUUGCCAAAUUCUACCCCGGCCACAGAUGAUCAAAUGACCUUGAUUAAAACCUGCUAUGUUGAAGAUCGUGAGUCCUUCACUGGGUCAUUGAGAACAGUUGAUGAAAGCAAGCCGUUUCGAUUUUCUGGUUCCCCCAGAAGCUCCCUCAAGGACCCCAACUCACCAAAGUUGAAAAGUCCUGAUUUGGUCAUGAAACCCUUUUCUAGUUCAAGGUUUCCAAUUGAGCCAGCUCCGUGGAGACAGCCUGAUGGGUGCAGUAGUCUUCAGAAAGCUGCACUCAGGAAUUGGGAAGUCCCUGCCAGGACAUCGAACUCCUCUCCUUCUGUUUAUGUUGAGAUUGAGAAAAGGUUGAAAGAGCUCAAAUUUAAACAAUCAGAUAAGGAUCUCAGGGCACUCAAACAGAUACUAGAAGCAAUGCAGGCUAAAGGGCUCCUGGAGGCCGAAAAAGAAGAACAUCAAGCUACCAAACUUGUGUCUAAGAGAGAAUAUAACAACCAAAACCUCACCAAUUUCAAUGAGAAUCUCAGAUUGGCAAACAGGAGAGAGCCACAGGUUAACCACUCUACUUAUGUUACAAUCAAGGGAACUAGUCCUUCACGGAAUUUUGAAUCCCCAAUUGUGAUCAUGAAACCGGCAAGACUGAUCAACAAAUCUGGUAUUCCUGCUUCAUCAGUUAUUCCAAUUGAUGGUUUAUCAGGUAUUCACAGGAGUAGUGAUUCUUUGGAUAAAAAAAGAGGCACUCUUAACAGCAGAGUGGCUAAGGACCUACCCCCUAAACAGAAUCUUAGAGACCCCACCAGUCGAACUCUCAGUCCAAUAGAUAAGAGAACUAAUGGCAGGAACCUAAGAUCAACACAGAUAUCAACAAAUCCUCAGCAGCGUUUCAGGGAAAACAAUGAUAUCUCUGGAAAGAACUCGGGAUCUGUUAGCCCAAGACUGCAGCAGAAGAGGUUUGAGUUGGAGAAGCAAUCUCCCCGCCCCCCCAUGCCAUCUUCAGAUGCAACCAGACCCAGAAGACGACCUGUCAGACAGCCAACAGAAUCAGGUUCACCUGGUGGAAAGCUCAGACAAGGGCCUUCCAACUUGCAGCAAAGCGAUGAUCAGUUGAGUGACAUUAGUAGUGAAACCAGACAUUUUAGUCAUCAAAGGGAUGAAAUUUCCCAACAAUCAGAUGGCAAUGUUAGCUUGUCCUCACAGAUGGAUAUAGAAGUGACUAGUGCUGACCGAUCUGCUGAUAUCAAUUGUAAUUUCCUUGGACAAGGUAGCCAGAGUCCAUCAAGGAAUGUUGCCAACAACUCAGUUUCUAGCUUAAAACAGAAGAAAUCAUCAGGGAGGCUAAGUGAAGAUGGGCCAUUAGCAGAGCUUGCGACAGUGGCCCCAGAACAACCAAGUCCUGUCUCUGUUCUUGAUGCCUCAUUCUACAGAGAUGAUUUGCCAUCUCCAGUGAAGAAGAUAUCAACUUCCUUUACAGAUGAUGAGACAAAGCAUUCUGAAGACAAUCCCGGCGAAGGGGAAUGGGAUCCAGUUCAACUUGAUCUCUCAUCUGACAAUUUGGUCCAUAAUCCUAGCUCUGAGAUCAACCGUAAGAAAUUGAAAAAUAUUGAGCACCUUGUUCAGAAACUUGCACAACUGAACUCCAAUCACAAUGAGGCUACUACAGAUUACAUUGCAUCACUGUGUGAGAACGCAAAUCCAGAUCACAGAUACAUCUCUGAGAUAUUGUUAACAUCCGGUCUUCUACUAAGAGAUCUUACCUCAGGCUUGACAACUUUUCAGCUCCACCCAUCAGGCCAUCCAAUCAAUCCUGACUUGUUCUUCGUCCUAGAGCAAACUAAGGGAACCAAUGAGCACAACCUGGAAAAGGUUGGAAGAUGCAAACCCAGUAGGGAGAAGCUCCAUCGGAAGCUCAUGUUUGACACCGUGAAUGAGAUUCUUGUGAAGAAGUUGCCUCCCUCUGAGCCGUGGCUCCGAGAUAAUAAAGUGGGUCGGAGGACCCAGAAUGCACAGCAGCUUCUAAGAGAGCUGUGUUCUGAGGUAGAACAGUUCCAAGCUAACAACUUGGUCUGCAAGUAUGACGACAAUGAUGAUAAUCUUAAAAGCAUAUUGUGGGAGGAUGUGAUGCAUCGAUCAGAUAACUGGUCAGAUCUUCGUAGUGAAGUUGCGGGCGUGGUCUUGGAUGUUGAACGCUUGUUAUUUAAGGAUUUGGUUGACGAAGUAGUGGGUGGAGAGGCAGCCAGUCUCAGAGCAAAGAUCAGUAGGAGAUGCAGGUAACUGUUUGUAAAAUAGAUCUUUUUUUUGUUUUUUUUUUUGGGUUUCUUGUUUUCAUUUCCCUUUUUUUUUUUUUUGUGGGGGGGGGGGGGGUAAAAGCAUAAUAAUCCAUCCAUGGAUGAAACCUGCAGUUCUUUUGCUAGCUUGUAAAGAAAGAGAAAUCUUUUCAGCAUUUAUGACAUAAUUAAUUAAUGAUCAAUAGUUGAAUACACAAAGAUCCAUGUUGUCC